CUUGCGCAAGCGCGCUGCCUGUUUUUUCAGGGCGUACGCUUUACAGGCGAAAUAUUUCCCUGCCAGACGUCGCGACCACAGAGAGAGGUCCGUAAACGGCGACAAAAACGCCUCAGACGCCCACCAGGUGGCCCUCUUGGCUUUACUUGCGUUGGUGAUCACCUUUGGUUGCCCAGGGAGCCGUCCGGGGGCGUUGAGGGAAAGCCGAGCAGAGGAAGCGCCACUGCGCUUGCGCAUAUACGGCGGCCGGUAGGGUUGGGAGGCUCUGCGGUGGGUGACAGCCACGAACCCCACCCUUUCCUCACGUGGCCUCGAAGACUCGCUCAGGUGCAUCUGUCAGCUACACAUCGACAUCUCUGCAGGAGAAGAUGGCCUCCAAGUGCAUCACUCAGGAGACAUUCGAUGCAGCUGUGCAGGAGAACAUUGAGGAGUUUUCGAUAGGGCCAGAAGAGGCAGUAAAAGAAGCUGUGGAGCAGUUUGAAUCACAGGGGGUUGAUCUGAGCAACAUUGUAAAGAUGGUGCCUAAAGUCUCUGCAGAUGGUCUCCAGAAGCCCACACACAACAUCCUGCAGGUCUUGGAUGACCUUCAGAAGUCUGUGGCCUGCUUGCACCCUGAGGAAGUAUUGGCACACCUGAUCAGCUUUUGCGACCAGUGCAAGCAGGACAAGGCCUGCCACUUUCUGGCAGCCCAGAAGGAUGCCUAUCCCAUCAUUCUCUCUGCCUGGAAGCUUGCCACUGCAGAUAACCAGGGCCUUCUGCUCCAGGCUCUCAAUGCUUUAUCGGCAUUGACUGAAGGCCAUCCAGACCUCCUGGACACCCAGGGCCUACAGCUGCUAGUAGCCACGCUGGCCCAGAACACCAGUGCAGCUGAUUUGACCUGCUCUGGGAUCCGUUGUGUGCGUCACGCUUGCCUGAAACAUGAACAGAAUCGGCAGGGCCUGGUAAAGGCUGGUGUGCUGCCCCUUCUGACUGGUGCCAUUACCCAGCACAGCCACCAUGCCGAUGUGGUCAGGGAGGCCUGCUGGGCCUUGCGCAUUAUGACCUUUGAUGACGACAUCCGUGUGCCCUUUGGCCAUGCCCACGACCAUGCCAAGAUGAUUGUACAGGAGAACAGAGGCUUGAAGGUGAUCAUCGAGGCUGCCAAAGCAUUCUCUGACAAUCCUGGAGUCCUCAGUGAGCUCUGCAGCACACUGGCCCGCCUAGCUGUUCGCAAUGAGUUCUGCCAGGAGAUCGUUGACCUCGGGGGCCUGAGUGUCCUGGUGUCCCUAUUGGUCAACUUCAGUGACCACCAGGACCUUGUGAAGCAAGUGUUGAGUGCCCUGCGUGCCAUUGCAGGCAAUGAUGACGUGAAGGAUGCCAUCGUACAUGCUGGUGGGACAGAGUCCAUCAUAGCCACCAUGACCCAGCACCUGGCCAGCCCCCAGGUGUGUGAGCAGAGCUGCGCAGCCCUGUGUGUCCUGGCCCUGCGCAAGCCAGAGAACAGCCGGGUCAUCAUGGAGGGCGGUGGGGCCCUGGCAGCCCUGCGGGCCAUGAAGGCGCACCCACAGGAGGCUGGCGUGCAGAAACAGGCCUGCAUGCUGAUCCGCAACCUGGUAGCUCGAAGCCAGGUCUUCUCACAGCCUAUCCUAGAGCUGGGGGCCGAGGUGCUCAUCACACAGGCUCGAGCAGCCCACCGCGACUGUGAGGACGUGGCCAAGGCUGCCUUGCGGGAUCUGGGCUGUCAUGUUGAGCUCCGAGAGCUGUGGACAGGCCAGAAAGGCAACUUGGCACUAUGACCCCAGACCCAGUCUGGAUUGUGACUGAGUGAGUCAUGUGACUCAAGAAUGGGAGCAAUCCAUGUCCUGCUACUCACCCCCAUCAUGUCUGUUCUCCCCACACCCCCAGAGUAAGAGGUGUUUUUUAACAGGCCCUAGGGACUGGGAAUACUGGGGAGUUAUAAGGUAGAAAGCAACCCCUGGGUCCUGGUUUUCCCCAGGUUCAGCCCUCUCCUCACCAGCUGCCAGCAUUGACAUCCCUGUCCUGCCCUUCCUCUCCCACCCAAGUCCCUUUCCUACCAUGAGAGAAGGACAUACCCCAGUGUUCACUGUCCUAUCUGAAACUUGGAAGCUACUGUGGGCCAUUCUCAGAGCAGGGCAGGCCAUCCUGGAAGAGUUGGGACCCCUGGUGCCUGCUCCUACAAGUUCAGGCUUCUGCUCAUUUUUCUCACCCAUAAAAUGGGUCUCAGGUGGCUGAGGAUCAGGGCACAUGGCUUGUUCAUCUCCAGGUCCCAGGCCAGCUGUGGUGCCUGAUAAUAAAAGAUUAUUGGAUGAACA